GCCGCCGCUCCAUUCCAAAAAUCCAAAACCUCCCCCCAAAAUCUCAAGAUCCGCGGCGACCAUGCGCCGUGGUGGCGGCGGCGGCGGCGGCGGGCGGCGGCUCCCCAAGUCCUCCCUGGCGCCCUCCGCGAUCGAUGCCACCCCGGCGCUGGACUCCAGCGCCAUCCCUAUCCGCAACCUCGACUCCGCCUUCUCCCGCCGCGACUCCGACGCCGCCAGCCUCUGCAGCAGCCGCCCCGCUUCCUCCGUCGGUGUGGGCGUCGGCGCUGCCCCCAACUUCUCUGACCGGGCCACGCAGGCCGCCGCGCUCCGCAUCGUCAACGGUUACCUCUCCCCCGCCCUCACGCUCCGCGGGCCGCUCCCCGCCGCGCGUGACAUCCAGGCCGCGCUCCGCCUCCUCCUCGAGCGCAUCGACUUCCCUCCCAACGAGGCGACCUUCGAGGACGACCUCAUCCAGGCCCUCCGCUUGCUCGGAUGCCCCCACAAGAUCACCCGCUCCGCGCUCAAGGCCCCCGGUACCCCGCACUCGUGGCCGCCGGUCCUCGCCGUACUCCACUGGCUCACCCUCUUCGCCCAGUACUCCGAUGCGGAUGCCUCUUCCGCCGCCGAAGCCCCACCCAACGACCUGCUGCUCUACACCACCCAGGGCUACUGCCACUUCUUGUCGGGGGACGACGACGCUGUCGAAGCCCUCGACGAGGAGUACCUCUCCAAAGCCCGGAUGGACGGUGAGGCUGCCGUUGCAAAGUUCCGUGCUCUGGAGAAGGAGGCGCAGGAAUUGGAAGCCGAGGUGAAUAAGCUCACCUCUGGUCCCUCGAGGCGGGAGGCACUGGAGGCGCAGAAGGAGACCUUAACUGCAGACGUUCACAAGUUUGAGGCGGUGGUGAAGACCUGGAAAACUAAGAUCGACGAAAGGGAAGAGGCGUUGGUGGAUCUGGAAAAGGAGUUGGAGGCAAAAGUGUUGGAUGCUCGACGCACUGCUGCUGAAAACGAGGAGCUACUGAAGAAGGUGGAUGGUCAGGCGGUGAAUGUGAGGGAUAUGGAGAGGAUGCACAGGGAGAUGCUGGUGAUUGAACGUGACAUUGCCAAUGCUGAAAAUGGGAAAGCGGCACUGGAGGAUAAGGCCUGGGAGCUAGAAGCCAAGCUGGUUACCAAGCUCGAGGAGCUUGAGGGACUCGCCGAGCAAUGCAACCAAGCCCUCAAAAGGUUGAAACCUGUUAUUGAUUUUCAGUACAUGAUAAAUUCAAAAGGAUCCUCACCUGCUGAGAUCCUAGGCCCCGGUUACAAAACAGUACUGAAACCUGCACUUAUGGCUCAUGCCGAGGAGAACAAAAGGAUCAUUGUCUCAAAUCUUGCAGAGUCAGUUGAUCUACAAAAGCAGUUGCAAGGAAGUGCUAAAAUCCUAGAGGAGGAAAAGAGUAAUAUUUCCAGUCUCCAGACUAAACAUGACAAGAUGGUUGCUCGUUUGAAUUUGCUGGAUGGUGAAAUCAUAAAUGAUGACUCAAGAUGCACAGCUGAUGCUAGACGAAUGAAAGAUGAGUUGGAGAAGAAGUACAAUGCAAUGAGGUCGGUGGAAAUGGAGGCAGACGAAUUUUUGAAGAAUUCGGAGAAGAGGCUCCAAGAUGCAAUACUAAAAAAUGAUGAAGAAACUCAGGCAGCUGCUACAGAGCUGCUGCAACUGCUUGAUUCAAUUGCUGAGCAUAAAGAGUUCAUGGAAGCAACAAUUGCUCAGAGGAGGAAGGAGCUUUAUGAAGCUGCAGAUUAUAUCGCCUCUUUGGUAUCCAAGACAUCACCGCCAGUCCUCAUAUCUGAAUGAUUAGAGAAUUUCAUAAUAAAUUGCUGAUUCCCCUUCUGACCAGCUGCGCUUCCUUGAGGUCAUAAGAUCAUCGCUAUGGUCUAUGUUAGUUCGUUUCACCUGAAGGAGCUAAUUACAUGAAUGCUGAGUGGCUAUUAUUACUUGGUUGUUGCUGUGGCUGUAUAUAUCGCUUUAGUCACCAUUGAGGUGUACUUGAGAGAAGCUUUGAUCUUAUUAUUGUGUCUUAGGUAUUGCCGAACAACAUAUCCCAUGCUACCUUACUACAACAUAAGGUAUAACUGCCCUUAUGCCUUUAUCCUGUGAGUACUCGUGCAUUUAUCCUAUGAGUGCUUAAUUUGUGCAUUUGUCCUUA